AAAACUCUAUUCAAAAUGUAAUUGAUGAUAUGAAAGAGACUUUCUGCAAAGUGACGAAAAAAAACCAGUAGUUGUUAAAUAAAAUAAUUGCGCCCUGAACUUCAAGGGUUGACUUGUUGAGACUUUGAGCAGUCGUGGUGAAUUGAGCUAAAAAUUCAAAGUGCUGCCUGGAAAGCAACAGAAACAGAUCUGCAUCGAGCGUACAGGCGUAAUGUCCCUGCAUGUGUGACUACAAAAAGGAGGAAGAUCCCUGAUGCACUUUACUCACACUGCAGCAGAACCUGUGAGAACGAACUUUGCCUCUAUCCUCUUCUUCGUUUGAUAUUUAAGACGCGCAGUAAGUAACAUAUAGCCCCCUCCACUGAUCUUUGUUCACAACCAGCCUGGCCACAGGUGAAGCUCCGGCGCCUGGGAGGAAGAUUUCUCACUUUUUGGUCUUUGUUCAACCAAGAGAUAAAUCAGCUUUCUGCAAGAUCUAAACCAUGGAAUAUUCGACACAAGACUACGAUAACUUCAGUCUAGGCCCCGAGGAAUUGCUCUGCAACCUCGACCCUAACCAUGUUGAAGUCCUCACCCAGACGUACAUCCACUCUAUCAUCUGUGCGUUCGGUCUGAUCGGCAACACCCUGGUAAUCGGCACCUACAUAUUCUACAAGAGAGCCAAAACGAUGACAGACGUCUACCUCUUCAACGUGGCCGUGGCAGACCUGAUCUUCGUGUUGUCUCUGCCGCUCAUCAUAUACAACGAGCACAACGGCUGGGCGAUGGGCCGCGUGGCCUGCAAGAUGCUGAGGUCAGCCUACAGCAUCAACCUCUACAGCGGCAUGUUUCUGCUGGCGUGCAUAAGUGCAGACCGCUACGUGGCUAUAGUUCAGGCUAGAAGGUCCUUUGGUGCUCGCUCAUGCGCUCUGCUCUACAGUCGCCUCAUCUGCUCAGCUGUGUGGGUGUUAGCCGUGGCUCUAACUCUGCCCACACUCAUCUACACCGAGCGCGAUGAAGAGCCCAAUCAUGGACAGGAUGAACCGGUUUCUGUGACGUGUCAACUGUCUUUCAGCAAGAAUGAAACGGCAAAGCUGAUUAAGGUGGUGGUUCCCAGCCUUCAGAUGGCCAUCGGCUUCCUACUGCCUCUGCUGGUGAUGGUGUUCUGCUACUCCUGCAUCGUGUGCACCUUGCUGAGGGCACAGAGCAGCCAGAGGCACAAGGCUGUGCGUGUGGUUUUGGCGGUUGUUGCGGUUUUCAUCGUUUGCCACCUUCCCUACAAUGUGGCUCUGCUGAAACACACCCUGUCUCUUUUUAAGGAGAGGAGUUGUGACAUAGAGAACAUUAAACUCCAAGUUCUGGCCAUUUCCAGGAGCGUAGCAUACCUCCACUGCUGCCUCAACCCCAUCCUGUAUGCCUUCAUAGGGGUGAAGUUCAGGAGCCACUUCCGGCAAAUAAUGGUGGACCUGUGGUGCUUUAGCAAGAAGUACAUCUACUCUGCACGCACUUCACGGCCCACGUCCGAUAUUUGCAUUUCAGGACGCGUCUCAUCAGAGGGAUCCAACCACUUGACAUCAUUCAGUGCAUGACACUGCAGUUUCACACAGCUUUCUAGAAACGAGUUAAUGUAAUGUCAUAUGGGCUUCUAGUUAUACAGCCCAGAAGUUGUUGCUCUCUUGCAUUCCUGUCUGAUGUUGAGCAAGUCUUUUUGUUUUUCCUAUAUAUUUACCAGAACGAUAUACCAUUUAUUUUUUAUAUUUUGUGUAUCGGAUAGUAAUAUUCUGUAACAAUUUCUGAUUAAACACUUUCUAAAACAUA